UUAUCGUGAUUCGUGAACACUUCUUGUAAAUCAAUAUUGUAAGAUAAGUGGCAAUAGAUAUUUUUCAUCAAACAAACGCUUUUAGAGAAUUUAGAUUUAGUAUCGUAAAACCAAAUGACUUUAGUUAUCAGUUACAAAAGUUAAGAAAACUGAAGCAACAUGGAGACACUGAUACCGAUUGUAAAUAAGCUCCAAGAUGCUUUCACUCAAAUGGGUGUUCACAUGCAACUAGAUUUGCCACAGAUAGCAGUGGUUGGUGGACAAUCGGCUGGAAAAUCUUCUGUAUUGGAAAAUUUCGUUGGAAAAGAUUUUCUUCCUAGAGGAUCCGGGAUUGUGACCAGACGACCCCUUAUCUUACAGCUGAUAAAUGGAACUAUUGAGUAUGGUGAAUUUUUGCAUCAAAAAGGCAAAAAAUUUACAAAUUUCGAUGAAAUACGGCAGGAGAUUGAGGCAGAAACAGAUCGAUUGACAGGAAGUAAUAAGGGUAUAUCUAACAUUCCAAUUAACCUCCGCGUUUAUUCGCCGCAUGUGCUAAACCUUACAUUGAUUGAUUUACCAGGCCUAACUAAAGUGCCUAUUGGAGAUCAACCAGCGGAUAUUGAGAAUCAAAUAAAAGGUAUGAUAUUUCAAUUCAUUCGUAAAGAAACCUGCCUCAUUCUGGCGGUCACUCCAGCUAAUACGGAUUUAGCUAAUUCAGACGCGCUUAAACUAGCAAAAGAAGUUGAUCCUCAAGGUGUAAGAACAAUUGGAGUUAUAACCAAAUUAGAUUUGAUGGACGAAGGUACUGAUGCUCGAGAUAUACUAGAAAAUAAACUGCUUCCCUUACGUCGAGGCUAUAUUGGAGUAGUUAAUCGUUCUCAAAAAGAUAUCGAGGGUCGGAAAGAUAUAACUGCAGCUUUGGGAGCUGAAAGAAAAUUUUUCCUUAGCCAUCCUAGUUACAGACACAUCGCUGAUCGAUUGGGAACACCAUAUUUACAAAAAGUUUUGAAUCAACAGCUGACGAAUCACAUACGAGAUACGUUACCUGGUCUUCGGGAUCGGUUGCAGAAGCAACUUUUAACUUUAGAAAAAGAUGUAGAACAAUUCAAACAUUUUCGACCAGAUGAUCCAAGCAUAAAAACAAAGGCUAUGUUACAGAUGAUACAGCAAUUGCAAUCCGACUUUGAACGAACCAUUGAAGGGUCAGGCUCUGCCUUAGUAAAUACCAAUGAACUAUCGGGAGGGGCUAAAAUAAAUAGAAUCUUUCAUGAAAGAUUACGUUUUGAAAUUGUUAAAAUGUCAUGCGAUGAGAAAGAGCUCCGCAGAGAAAUAUCGUUUGCAAUUCGAAACAUUCAUGGGAUACGUGUAGGUUUGUUCACUCCCGAUAUGGCUUUUGAGGCAAUUGUGAAAAAACAGAUUGCGCAAUUAAAAGAACCGAUUCUAAAAUGUAUUGAUUUGGCAGUGCAGGAGUUGUCCAACGUCGUUAGAAUUUGCACUGAUAAGAUGGCCCGCUAUCCUCGACUUCGAGAUGAAACGGAGCGCAUUAUUACUACUCACAUAAGGCAAUGUGAGCAACGGGCAAAAGAACAGCUGCUGUUGAUGAUUGACUAUGAGCUGGCUUAUAUGAAUACAAAUCAUGAAGACUUCAUUGGAUUUGCAAACGCUCAAAAUAAAACGGAAAGUGCAGCAAAAACUGGAUCUCGAAGUCUCGGAAAUCAAGUGAUACGGAAAGGUCAUAUGUGCAUUCAAAAUCUUGGAAUUAUGAAAGGUGGCUCUCGACCAUAUUGGUUUGUUCUUACAUCUGAAAGUAUAUCUUGGUACAAAGACGAGGACGAAAAGGAAAAAAAAUACAUGCUUCCGCUGGAUGGAUUAAAAUUAAGAGAUAUAGAGCAGGGGUUCAUGUCAAGGCGCCAUACAUUUGCUCUAUUCAAUCCAGAUGGACGUAAUAUAUAUAAGGACUAUAAGCAAUUGGAGCUAUCAUGCGAAAGCACAGAUGAUGUUGACUCUUGGAAGGCUUCGUUUCUUCGAGCUGGUGUUUACCCAGAGAAAGAUACUCCAGCUAAUGGCGAAGAUGCGGAAGGAACUGAGGUUUGUAUAUCAUUCGAGGAAACCAAUGACAUUGGUCAAACAAGUUCAUUGGAUCCUCAAUUGGAACGGCAAGUAGAAACUAUACGAAAUUUGGUUGAUUCGUAUAUGAAAAUUGUAACAAAAACUACUCGCGAUAUGGUGCCAAAAGCAAUAAUGAUGCUGAUCAUUAACAAUUCAAAAGAUUUCAUAAAUGGUGAAUUGCUUGCGCAUCUCUACGCAACCGGUGAUCAAGCCUCAAUGAUGGAGGAAAGCCCAGAAGAAGCACAGAAACGCGAGGAAAUGCUGCGAAUGUAUCAUGCAUGUAAGGAAGCUUUGAGAAUAAUAGGUGAUGUUUCUAUGGCAACAUUUUCGACUCCAGUUCCACCCCCCAUUAAAAACGAUUGGUUGUCUAGUGGAUUGGAUAACCCACGAUUAUCUCCACCAAGUCCGGGGGGCCCCCGUAAAAAUACAACACAGCAGCAGGCUCAGAGCACGUCAAGUUCUGUUGGUGCUCCUACGACUAACGCUAGAAACCUUCCACCAGCUCCAACAAGUGGUAGACCUGCUCCAGCUGUUCCAAAUAGGCCUGGCAACGCCAACGCUCCACCUUUACCUCAAGGAAGACCGAGCGGUCAGGUUCUUCCAGCUCCGCUUAUUCCAUCACGACGCUAAACAAACACCACGCCUACUAUGUUUGCUAAUAAUAAAAAGAUUCAGUGUAAAUUUGAUACUCUAUGGUUCCGGAAAAACUGUAAAUGGAGCAUUGAAAAAUAAAAAUCAUCAAGUGUUUGCUUGUCAGAAUAUUAUUCUGUGAGAAAAUGUACAGAUGAUGUUAUUGUAUAAUAUAUAAUCAAGAAGUAUUGUUAAAAUUAAAUCACAUGUUUAGAUAAUCUGAUUACCUUGUUAUUAAAAUAAAGUUUAAAAGUCUGUGAUUGUCAAA